UGGAGGCAUUGACCGUCUGUGACGCUUAUACUUCUGUUCUACUCAGAAGUAAGAGCCUCGAAGUCCUCCAGCACUUACUCUGCGCGCGCAUGCCAAGAGAAUUGCAAGCUUUUGAUUGACAGGCUGUCUGACGCGCAACGGGAAGGAAGAUAUAUUCACCCUAUACCCUCCCCGUUUCCAGCAACGAUUGGUUUAGCGGCACGCCUGACAGAGCCUAUAAAAAGUGGCUCUGAAAAACUGGGCGGAGUUAAUCUUUAUUUCCACCCAGCUAGCAAUACGUUGCGCUGGGCGGGUUGCUCUAUGCCGGUGGGUGGAAGACCCCUUUAAGCCUCUGCUAUUGCCACUAAAAAGAAAAUGAGACACAACCAGAGUGCUUGUGUCCCUCCUUUGGUCACCACGGUGGUGAAGCCAGGGAGCACAAAACAGCACCAUCAGAUUGCUAAGGUUGUUGGAACACACAGUAGUGUACGAGUGGCUGAGAGAGAACUUUCCAGAGCAGCCCUGAAAAUUCCACAGCAGCCACAGUUACACCUGCGCAGAGAAGAACAAGAUGCCUUCUUCAACCUCUUGGAGGAUGAUUUGGUACAAGAAUUCCUGUCAAUGGACACAUGCUACAGAAUUUCAGAUAAGUAUCUUCUAGCUAUGGUGCUGACAUACUUCAAACGUGCUGGCCUGCAUAUAAGAGAAUACACGAGGAUAAACCUCUUCACAGCUUUGUACUUAGCUAAUGAUAUGGAAGAAGAUGAAGAAGACUACAAAUAUGAAAUUUUCCCUUGGGCGCUUGGUGAUAACUGGAGGCAACAGUUUCCGCAGUUCUUGAAAACGCGGGAUAACUUUUGGGCUAGAAUGAAGUACAGAGCAUUUGUUAGUCGGAGAUGCUGUGAUGAGAUAAUGUUGAAAGAGCCCACUCAUUGGGCCUGGUCCCGGGAACGACCCAUCCACCACAGUGGGGCACUGAGGAGUUACCUAAAGAAUGAAAAGGACUUGUUCCCUAGAGGGCCUGGCGUAACACCCCCCAGCUGCCACCUCUGUGCAUUUGAUUUGAUAGAAGAUGAUGCUGAGGGAUCUUCUCCUGCCAGCAACGCUCCUGCCACUGACUUGUUACCUUUCACGGAGUGGAACCAGGAUUUGAACAACCUUCCUCUGUUGAUGCUGGAUCCAAAGACUAACUACAGCAUGCAGACGCUUCAGGAGCCUGCUAUCGCUGUGGAGGGAGAUGGAAUAGUCAUGGAUUGGCGAUCAGAGGGGUAGUUUGGAUGUCUGAAACAGACAUACCGGGAAUUCAUUUGAUGUUCUCAUUCUGUCUACCCAGUGAUUUAUUUUUUUCCAAGCACUUUAUGCAUCUCUGAAAAGGAAGAUAAAUGGCAAUGCCUGUAUUUAUAUUUAAAAAAAGAAAAGAAAAGCUGUUCACUGUGAUUUAUACAAUGUCAAUGUACUUGCUGGACAUAAUAAAGAAGUCCAGAAGAACA